CCCACCACGAGAGAGAAACCCAAACACACCAAUUUAAGUAGCUUCUUUCUUUCUCAACAUUUUUCCUUUUUUCAGCCUCUCUUCUUUCUCUCAUGUCUCCUAAAACACAUUCUCCUGCUACCAUAAAACCUUAGAGAGAAGUAGUUCAGAGUUGCAUAACCCUAGAUAACUACUACUCUUCCUUUCGUAGCUUCUUUAUAUCCAGUAAUUGCUUCUUCCUGUGUUCUUGUUAUCUUUAAUCUCUUAUAAUAUGUUUUGCUUUCUUCUUUUUCAGUCCCAAAAGUUUUCUUUUAUCAUUUUUAUUGUCUCUCAUCACAUAUCUCUUUUGGAUUACUUGCAGAAGUGAAGAUUUGUGAUUGACUUGUUGGAGGGUUAUAAAGUACUGUCUUUUGAUUUAUUUAAUUUUCAAAGGGAGAAGAGAUAUGGGUUCCAUGAAUUCAAACAACUGGCUUUCCUUCCCACUUUCUCCCACCCAUCCUUCUUUGCCAACACAUAUGCACAGUUCUCAGUCUCACCAGUUCAAUCUAGGGUUAGUCAAUGAUAGCAUGGAGCACCCCUUCCAAACUCAAGAAUGGAAUCUGAUUAAUACCCAUGAAAGUGGAGAAGUACCAAAGGUUGCAGACUUCCUUGGGGUUUCCAAAUCUGAAAAUCAGCAGUCUUUGGAUCUUGUGGCUUUCAAUGAAAUUCAUCAGGGAAAUGAUUCUGACUACUCAUUUCAGAACAAUAGUGUAGUGCCAAUGCCAACUGCUGCUGUAGCAGCGAAUCACAACUAUGAGUUCCAAGAAAACGCCAGCAAUUUGCAAUCUCUGACAUUAUCCAUGGGAAGUGGUAAGGGCUCUACUUGUGAAGCCAGUGCCGACAACAGUACCAAUAGCACCGUUGAGGCUACCCCUAGAAGGACCUUGGAUACCUUUGGUCAAAGAACUUCUAUAUACCGUGGUGUAACAAGGCAUCGAUGGACUGGAAGAUAUGAGGCUCAUCUUUGGGAUAAUAGCUGCAGAAGGGAAGGUCAAUCAAGGAAAGGAAGACAAGGUGGGUAUGACAAAGAAGAGAAAGCAGCUAGAGCUUAUGAUCUUGCUGCACUAAAGUACUGGGGACCGUCGACAACCACUAAUUUCCCUAUCAGUAACUAUGAGAAGGAACUUGAAGAGAUGAAGCACAUGACAAGACAAGAAUUUGUGGCUGCCAUUAGAAGGAAAAGCAGUGGUUUCUCAAGAGGUGCAUCCAUGUAUCGUGGUGUUACCAGACAUCACCAGCAUGGAAGAUGGCAAGCAAGGAUUGGAAGGGUAGCAGGAAACAAAGAUCUUUACCUUGGAACUUUUAGCACUGAGGAAGAAGCAGCUGAAGCAUAUGACAUUGCAGCAAUCAAGUUCAGAGGACUCAACGCUGUCACCAACUUCGACAUGAGCCGUUAUGACGUCAAAGCCAUCCUGGAAAGCAACACUCUCCCCAUCGGAGGAGGCGCUGCUAAACGUCUAAAGGAGGCACAGGCACUUGAAUCCUCCAGGAAAAGAGAGGAAAUGAUAGCUCUGGGGUCAAGUUUCCAGUACGGAAGCUCCAGCUCCGGUAGGUUACAGCCGUAUCAUCUACUCCAGACUCCAUACGACCAACCCCAGCCUCUGCUCACUUUACAGAACCCAGAAAUGUCUCAGUACGGCCAAGACACGGCGUCAUUUCAUCACAACUAUAUUCAGACCCAGCUCCAACUGCACCAGCAAUCCGGAUCGUACCUGCAGCAAUCGGGUCAGAAUAAUUCGCAGUUUUACAGCAGUUAUCUACAGAGCAAUCCGGCGUUUCUUCAUGGGUUGAUGAACAUGGGGUCUUCUGUUGUGGACAAUAAUGGCGGUUCCAGUGGAAGUUACAGCGGAGGGUAUCUCGGGAACGGGAUUGGGAUCGGAACGAAUUCUACGGUGGGGAAUGCGGUUGGAUCCACCGAAGAGAUUGCACUUGUUAAGGUUGAUUACGAUACGCCUUCCGGCGGGUACGGCGGCUGGUCCGGUGAGUCGGUUCAGGGAUCCAAUACCGGCGUUUUUACAAUGUGGAAUGAAUGAAUGUUGGAGGUCUUGGGGGAAGAAUUUGGCUGCAGGAGAAACCGAAAAAAAAAAAAAAAGUAUUUAAAUUUUUAGUGAAAUGUUUAAAAUGCCAUCUUUAAGGCUUUUUUUUUUUCUUUAAUUCUGCAUUUGGAUAAUGUUCUUGACAUCUUUUUCGCUUAAAAGGAUUAGGACUUUUCUUGGACGUGGAAAAAAAAAUUUACUAACCUCAAAUUAUGUUAAUCGGAUCAAUAUGGGUUUUCAAUAACCUGAGUUUUGUAUU